GUGACAAACACAGGUGUUUUGUUAUCAUGACCAGCCACAGGUUCAUAUAUCAAAAUGUAGGCAUAUUUAUUUAUUUUAUUUUAGAUCGUUACAAUGUUAUUUUAUAAUUUUGUAAAACAGUUUCAUUGACAUGCCUCAGGUUCAGCCAUGGAUUGCGAAAGUGCCACCUUUUCUGGGACACAGUACAACAAAUCAAGCGUCUACCCACUCUCGUUUCCUAUUGGCCAGAAAGCGUCACAUUCCGACCUAUCGCGUGAAAGUAUGAAUUCCAACCAGGAAGUAUAAAAUAAACAGUAAGCAUUUGCUGUAAAGCAAAAGUUAAAACUUGAGUUCAUGCUGUCAUUUCACAUCAUAAUGGACGUUCGUCUUGUCGGUUCGACACCGGUCGGUAGAUAUUUUUGAUUUGUUACGUUUUUGAGUGUUUUCCUUCUUUCUGGACCGUAGUUAACCCACUUUAGCUUCGAACGGCAUGGAGUUAAAGGACGUGGAGAGCUGUUGCUGUGUGGUCCAGGUUUCAGGGGGGUUCUCAGCAAAAAAGCCCAUCAGCUGCAGCGGGGUCAUCGUCUGUCCUCAAACCGGCUCCAUCAUAUGCACCGGCCUGCCGUUUUCACGGUUCAUCGCCGACAGAGAGCCCCUCUGUUCGGGGGCUGGAGUUCUGUUUCCUCGCAGCUUCAGCAGCGAGCUUAAAAUCCGCGUCAGCUCUCCGGCUCCUGCACACCCGGACUUCGAACCGAGCUGGCGGGAGAAGGCUUGCACCGCUCCGGGCAGCAGAUCCCAUCGGAGGGAGAGGAGGGAGGUUCCAGCACAGCUGCUGAUGCUGGUGAACUGCGUGGAGUUCAAGCGAGCCUUCCUGGGAGUUUUCAAGGAGGCGGACCAGUGGCGUUUCCAUGGUGAUGAUGAUGGUGAUGAUGAUGAUGAUGAUGAGCUGCUCAGAGAUGCUCAGUUCCUCAGCUGGUUUGCUGUGCUCAGGGCAGAUGUGUUUCCGGACAGCAGAGCAGCUUCAGGGACCGUCCCCUGGCAGAGCAGCUCGACCCUCCACAAGGGCUGCCCGGUCGUGGCCUGCGGCUCUGCCUUUGGCUCCCUCUGCUUAGACCUCUUCAUCAGCACCCUCAGCGGAGGGAUCAUCAGUAACCUGGCCGGAGAAGACAACGCUGUAAUCCUCACAGAUGCCCGCUGCCUGCCAGGGACGGAGGGUGGGGGGUUGUUUGCUGUGGAAGGCGCGGAGGGCGUGCAUCUCAUCGGGCUGAUCGUGUCUCCCUUCGGCUGGAAGGCGAACGAGUGGAUCGGCCUCACCCUGGUCUGCUCGGUUCACUGCAUCUUCAGGAGCAUCAUCCGGUGCACCGGUGAUCACAAUCCACUGGGUGAUGCCUGGCUCCGUUCAGGAGAGGCUGACCUCCACAUGUGCAGGACCGCUCAGGUGUCCCGAGCUGCUGAAUACCCCACCGUGUGCCUGGUGGACAGUGGGAAGGUGUGGGGCUCAGGGGUCGUCGUCACCACAAAGCUGGUUGUGACCUGCAGACACGUUGUCGACGGGAGGUCUUUAGUCACUCUGAAGUUCCAUCACAGGGGAAGAGUCCGUCAUAUGUUUGGUGACGUCUUGUUCUCCACCAAACCGUCUUCUCCGUAUGAUCUGGCGUUUGUCGAACUGAAAGUCCCCGUCCCAGACGCUGUGGUCCCUCGGACGUCGCCGAGCUUCCCUCCCGGUGAAGCUGUGGUUGUUGUCGGGUAUGGAGGUUUGGGUCGAACCUGUGGUCCGUCGCUGACCUGCGGCGUCCUCUCUAAAGCCAUCAGCCUGAACCAGCGGCCCGUCAUGCUGCAGACCACGUGUGCGGUCCAGGCGGGCGCCAGCGGAGGUGCUGUGCUCCGCAGACACUCUGGAGAGCUGCUGGGGAUUGUGUCCAGCAACACGAGGGACUUGGCUGCACGAGUGACUUAUCCGCACCUCAACUUUGUCAUCCCGGUGACCGUUUUCCAGGGAUUGCUGCAGGAAUUCCACCGAAGCAGAGAUAUCGAAGUGUUCAGGGGACUGAACGCCACCGGACCAGAAAUCAGACGGGUGUGGAGGCUGCAAGGUGCACAAAGCAAACUCUAACUCAAGCUCACUGCUCUUUGAGACCACAAAAACAAUGUUUUAAAUUAAAAUGGAUUAUGUGUUCUC